UUGACAACAACAGGUCCCCCCUCGCGUCUGAAAUCCUCACCUCUCAAAUUUUCACCUUCACGUCAUGUGAAAAUGCAUCAGAGUGAAUCAUAAGGCAAAAAUAUCUUAGGGCCAUUCAACUUUUCUCCUCUUUGUGAUCUAGUCAUUGCUCUUAAGGCUUUCUUCACUGGGAAAUUGGGAUAUUUGGCAUACUGACGCUUAAGCAAAAAACCCUGCUUCGUAUAUAGUCUUAACGACACUGCAAGUUUUUGGUGGAAAACUGAAUUCUUGCUGCUAAUUUACCAACAGCAUUUACUGGGCCAUGUUUUCUUCUGCAGUUUGUUUGCCAACAACAAUUCUUCAAAUUCACCCAUCUUACUCUUCAAAUAACACAAACCGCCUCAAAACCCACAAAUGUAAAAGCUAUACUGAUGACAAAAAACUCCCUUGUUUCUCAGCUCGGUAUGAUAUUUCUGCAAAUACAGAAAGCCCAUUGGGCUGCUCUAGAGACUCCGAAAUAGUUACUCAAUUGGAAGUGUCUUAUGAUGAAACUUCUUCCAGUUCUGAUGCUUCAGUGAAUAAUUUUGUAGCUGACUCCAGUUUGCUUGGCCGUUUGCUUCAAUCUAGUUCUAGUGUAAAAGAAGUUAAAAUACUGCAUGCUAUAAUUUUAAAGUGCAUGAGAAGUAGUACUAUAUUCAUUGAAAAUAAUUUGAUUAGUGUGUUGGUGAAAUUUGGGAGAUUGGAUGAUGCUCGUAACUUGUUCGACCAUAUGCCUGAGAGAAAUGUGGUUUCUUGGACUGCUAUGCUUAAUGGGUAUAUAAGAUUUGGGUUAGAUAAUGAAGCUAUGGAUUUUUUUGGUGAAUUUGUACGACGUGGUUUGCAGUGGAAUUCCAAGACCUAUGUGUGCGUGUUAAGCAUGGCUGGGAGGAACUGUGAUUUUGAGCUAGGGAAACAAGUGCAUGCUGGUAUUAUAAAGGGUGGAUAUAGUAAUUUGAUUUUGGAUAGUUCUGUUGUGUCUUUUUACGCGCAAUGUGGAGAUUUAGAAGGCGCUUUCCGCGUAUUUGACGUGAUAAAAAGGCCUGAUGUAGUUUGUUGGACAACUAUGAUUACUGCUUGUUCACAACAUGGGAGAGGAAAGGAAGCUUUACUCAUGUUUUUGCAGCUGUUCUCUGAUGGGUUUGAUGCCAAUGAAUUUACUGUCUGCAGUAUUUUGAAUGCGUGUGGGGAGGAGAGGGAAUUGAUGUUCGGGAAGCAACUACAUGCGGCGAUUAUUAAGAAUAGAUUUAGAAUGGAUGUCUUCAUAGGCACUUCAUUGGUAGAUAUGUAUGCAAAGUGCAGUGAGAUAGACGAUGCUAGGACAGUGUUUGAUGGGAUGGGGAAAAGGAACACGGUGACGUGGACGUCUAUUAUUGCAGGAUAUGCUCGUAAUGGUCAUGCGGAAGAGGCCAUAAGACUCUUCCGGAUAAUGAAAAGGCGAAAGAUUUUUGCUAAUAACUUGACUAUGGUAAGCAUCCUUCGAGCAUGUGGCUUACUUAGAGCGUUACCAACUGGAAAGGAAGUGCACGCACAAAUUAUCAAGAGUGAUCUCCAAGAUAAUAUUUAUUUAGGAAGUGCUUUAGUGUGGCUUUAUUGCAAAUGCAGUGAAAAUUCAGCAGCACAUAAGGUCCUUCAAGACAUGCCUAUUAGAGAUGUAGUUUCGUGGACUGCUAUGAUUUCCGGUUGUGCUCAUGUUGGCCAUGAGUAUGAGGCUCUUGAAUACUUGAGGGAGAUGCUAGGUGAAGGCGUGUCCCCCAAUCCAUUUACUUAUUCAUCAGCCCUGAAAGCAUGUGCAAAGCUGGAAGAUAUUGAGAGAGGGAAGCUGAUCCAUUCCUCCGUAAGCAAGACACCUGCUCUGUCCAAUGUGUUUGUGGGCAGUGCAUUGAUCAAUAUGUAUGCAAAAUGUGGACAUAUUCCUGAGGCAAUUCAAAUAUUUGAUAACAUGCCUGAGAGGAACUUAGUUUCUUGGAAGGCAAUGAUUGUUGCUUAUGCUAAAAACGGACUGUGUGGAGAGGCAUUGAAGCUCAUGUAUCGCAUGCAAGGAGAGGGUAUUGAGGUGGAUGAUUAUACCCUUGCGACUGUCCUCACAGCGCGUGGAGAAUUUAAGGAAAAUAUGAAGUCCAAAUCGAAGUAUUUCUUGAGCCCAAAAUAGUUCUAUAGUUUAGACAGAAAUGAGGUCGGUCUUGGAAGUUUCAGCAAAAUCUUCAAAUGAAUUCUCAUGGUUCAUUCAUGUAACAAUGACACCUGAACACCGAAUGCUGCUUCAUACUUUGGAGCCAGUUACUGGAGUCUGGUUGGUAGCUGCUUGUCCAUGGCUAUCUUCAGGACCUUCAAUGAACAAGUCUAGUACUCCCUGGCUAGCCUGUCUUGCUGAGAAAAGAAUGAGGUGAAGUUUACUGGUAACUGCUGGGACUGUGCUUUUAGAGGUCCGUAAUAUCCAAUGUUGUAUCUUCUAACCUCAAGGAUACUCUGUAUUAUAGUUGUCGUUAGGUGCCUGCAGCCAUGUAUUAUUAUAUAUUAAGAUCAUGUAUACCAUUAUGCGAUCAGAAUGUUUGUAGGACUUGCACUUUUGUUCGGUGUAGUGAUGGUGAAAAAAAUCAACAACAACAAUAAUAUGUACUAAAUUUUUUAAUGUUAAAAA